AUGCUCCCUACACGACACCACAGCGUCCAGACCUACUGCUCUGUCACAAUCUUGAUAUUCAUGAUGGAUACGCUGCUGUCUAGUUCAUGCCCCGGCGCACUGCAGGUAGACUUGAAAUGCUGUGUCCUGGAGGCUGCAAGGGCCCGUUCCCUGCGCUUGGGGAGUGAGCCCGCGGGGCUUGAGCAAGUUAGAAGCCUUCAGAGGAGCACCACGUCACAACUGGGGCUGUCAAACCGCAACGGCAUGCUUCCUAGCACCAGUCCGCCGCUGGUAAACGGCACAAUGGACGGGCCUUCACCGCAUGUCCCGUACGAUGCUGCCGGCGCUCCUCCACCUUCGGCCGCCACGUCAGAAGCCCAAUGGACUCCAGCAUGUACUGCAGCUCCAUAUAAGGCCUGUAGGGUAGGCCGGGAGGCCGGCGAGCUGCCCUCACCGAGAUUCUGCGCUUCGGCUCCGGGGCCCGCUUUUGGGCCUCAAGCAGCGACACCCAAUCGGGACGCGGCUGGAGGGGCCGGCCAUGCUACUGCGUCAAGUCCCAACCACCCGCAUUAA